AGCUAAAGCUUUACAAAAUUUGUUAGCUUUAACCAGCUCUUCCAUUAACAACUUCCGCUUAGACGGCAUGCGCUUAUCAUAGAAGGCCGAGAAACCGAGGAAACGUUUGCAGUGUUUGCGAGCUUCAGGAGCUCGUUAAAAAUGGCAGACGUUGCAGAUUCAGCGCAGGAAAGAUCGUUUCUGACAUACUCUGGCCCUAAAGAUGGUGUCCGGUAUCCUCUUAAAGUCAAAUACUGUGGAGAAUGCACCAUGCCUUUAGAGUACUGUGAAUAUUACGUCAGCUAUGACAAGUGCAAAGAGUGGCUUGAGAAAAAUCUACCAGAAGAAUUUGAGAAACUGACAACUGGUAAAGGUGGAGAAGGUGAUACUGAAAAGAAGGAAGAAGCUGGGGGAACUGCUGGAGGAGGAGGUGAAGAGAAGAAGAAGCGGCAGACAAGGGGAGGUAAAAGUGUGAUGAAAGCCAAGAAAAAACUUGAACCUCAAGGCAUCAAGAUGUGGACAGCUAGCCGUGGAAAGAAAAAGAAAGUUACAGUUGUGGUGGGGCUGGCUAGUUAUGAAAUUGACCUGAAGGAAGCUAGCAAGUACUUUGCUACAAAGUUCUCAUGUGGAUCAUCAAUUAGUGGUGAUGAUGAAAUUGUGAUUCAAGGUGAUGUUAAAGACGAUCUCUUUGACAUUUUACCAGAAAAAUGGCCACAGAUUGAUGAAGACGAUAUUGAAGAUCAAGGUGACAAGAAAUGAUCCUUUCUUUCACCUGGCUAAUUGUCUGUUGUCUGAGUGAAUAUAUUCUCUGUGGCUUGGCAUGGUGUCUUCAUAAUGUACAGUCCAUUUUUUUUCUUUUUUUCUUAUUUACAUGAGAAUGGGUAUUUUGUUUUAUGAAAUGUGAAAUAAAAUCUUUAAAGUCC